CCAACUUGAUCACUCCGUGGCACAUCCGCUCCCGCCCCUCUAUCCUGUCAACUCUCGUCUCACUCAAUACAUUGAUUCAAGAAAAUCGUCUGGAUCAGUCAGUUGAAUCAUCAACGUUCAACUUCCAUCUUAUUACCCCGUGUCAAGCUUCCUUACUGUUCGGAACUGCAACCCUUGAUCAAUUCAAAAACAUCAACAUACUAAAUGUACCCGGACCCUGCUACUAUCUAACCGAACAUCGACAGAACCAGCUUAUCAGCAAUUAAGCUUGACUGGACUAAUCCAAGGACGCACUCACAUUCUCAUUCCUCAUGUUGCAAGGAAUCAGGGCACCGACAUUAACGAUGCCACCUUUCGGACACGAUAUGUCCAUUGGUGGGGUAUCGAAGGUGGAGAACUAUGGUGAUAACUGGGCUUGGUCGCAGCAGCCAUCCACGUAUCAGCCGACGUACACGAGCACGUUCGAUCCCUCCAUUUACGCGAACACAAACUUCACACCUCAUCUGCAGCCGCAAUCUCGUCCGCAACUGCGUCAUCACUCGAUUGCAACGUCCCGUGUUCUCUCUACUGGAACUGCGACGCCCCCACCACCGAGGCAUCAGGCUACCGGAAACAUGGUCAAAGCGCAACCUGCUUUCAAGCCCACCUGGACAGGGUUCCUCGACACCACUAAAGAUGCGAUGACAGUUGUAGAGGCCGCAUUGCAGGGACGUCUGAACCACAUCAGCCGUCGGCCCCACGACAAAGAAAGGGCAGAGAUGCUCACCUCUGGAACAGUCCUCGUGUACGAAGAGAACGCGUCUGGCAUCAAACGCUGGACCGACGCUGUGCACUGGUCGCCAAGUCGAGUCAUGAACAAUUGUCUUAUCUAUCGACAACUGAUGCGCGCCCUGAAGCCCGAAGAGAAGAAGACUGCCUUGAACCCAUCUUGCGGUACAAAGCGUAAACGCAAGGAGACUGCCGGAACAUCGAUCACCAAGAAUGGUGACAACGUCAACAACUCCGACGACGAGUACGAGAACCCCUCACUUGAGGGGUCUUUCUCGGGCGAGCACGAUUCAGCUGGCAAGGUCUAUGCCAACUUCGCACAAAACCUUACACCGGAUCAACAGCGCCGGUUUUGUGGAUCUCUUAUCGACAGCUAUGAGUUCAAGGAAGGGGGAUUGAUGAAGAAAACCAUCUCGGUCAAAUACCAGGGCACACACCACCACGUCAUCUCAUACUAUAGCCUGGAAGAUGUUGUAAGUGGCAAGCUCAAGCGGCCGUUCCAGGAUCCAAGGCUUGAGCACAUACAGGCACGACCAGAGCUGCUUACUGGCUGGAAGGUCAGCUUAGAAGACGAAGAGAGCAAGGACAUGCCGCUCAUUGCGGGCUACCCUCACCACAUACAGCCUAGCCACGUGCAGCACCACGCUAUCAGUGCCGUGACACAAUCGGUCGGCACACAUGGAAUGAUCCAGAGUCACGGCCCGCCCCACCUGCAAGUGCCAGAGUAUUGGCAUGGCGGACACGUUCAGCAGUACCCACCGAGCCAUCAAAGCCCACACCACUACGCGUCACCUCAGUCAGCAGCAACAAACAGUGCGCCUCGCCACCCAUAUCAGUAUAUCACCCAGCAAGCACCGCAAACACAGCAGUACAUCCAGCCUCCUUCGCCUCAGCCGUACCCAUCGCCUCAAUCUUCCAAUCAAUCCUUCCCCGCGCCGGCGAACCCAUCACAGCAAUAUGCGCAAGCCAGUCGACAUUACUCCAUCGAUCAACAGCAGCCGACGAUGGGUUCUCAGUAUUCUCCUCAGGUAGCUGCGCCAAUCUACGCGGCUUCUCAUCAUUCACAAAGCACCCCUCCACCAUCUGUGCCCCAGUAUGCAGUAUCCUCGGCACCGAGCUUCGAUGUCCAAGUUCCUGUUCCUCAGAGCGCAACCUCCACACAGCCGCCCCCACCUGGCUCAGUUUCGCAGCACGAUCCCCAAAGGAGGGCGUCAGCUCCUGUUGCACUUCAGCCGUACACCCAGACAUACCACCCAGCACCUCCCCACCCAGCAGCGUACUAUGUGGAAGACGCCAAAUAUCCACCCAACACUCAUCACGGCUACUAGGCCUGAGCGCUUUUCUUGUAAACAGGACUUUCCUUGCUGCUCAUCAUUCUAAUUGAAAUAACGUAACUCAUACGAAGGCAGUCACGGUGGUCAUUUCUG